GGAGAUGACUGUCAGAUGCUUUCCCUGCUUAGCCACCAUCACAUGGCCCACCACCGGAGCCUGGGAAGCCUCACCACAGACCAGCACCUCCGAGGCAUGAAUAAUUAGGUAGGCAUAAUGGAAGGCACUCACUGCACCCUCCAAUUGCGUAAGCCCAUUACCGAACUCUGCUACAUCAGCUUCUAUCUUCCGAGGGGGGAAGUCAGAGGAUUUUCGUACAAGGGCACCAUAGCUCUAGACAGAUCCAGUAAAGCGUUUCAUAACUGCUACCAAGUCAGGGCGGGGUCCGACAUCAACAGCCUCAGCAGGCAGCCGACCGAACAUCCAGGCGACAUAUUUUUCAAGCCAACUCCCACGAAAGACAUUCUAACUGAGCUGUACAAACUCACGGCCGAGAGGGAGAGACUGCUGGCCAAUCUGCUGAGCUCAGACCACAUCCUGGGCAUUACGAUGGGGAACCAGGAGGGGAAGCUGCCGGAGCUCUCUGUGAGCCUGGCCCCCGAGGACGACUGUUUCCAGAGUGGUGGCCACUGGCUGGGGGAGCCCCCCGUGGGCUCUCUCAAUAAGAGGAGCUCCCACGGGAACAAAAAGGCCCGGAGGUUUGGUGGAAGGAGAGAGAGCUUUGAGGGGCUCUCCCAAAACUCCCUGCAGAAGAGGACAAGACGAAAGGGGCAUGGGGGCCAGGGAUUGCCCCCUCUGAUGGGGAAGGACCAGAUCUGUUCCAGCAACGCCCUUCCUCUUUCUCAAACAAGGCCUCUUCUUUGGCUCCUAGAGGAGAGAGGCAACUUGCUUCCAAAUGGGGCACUUACCUCUUCCCUCCAGAAGAGAGGGAGCUGCACCCCAGAGAUCCCCAGGACACUUGAUGCUGACUCCGCCUUGGGGAGCUUCAAGAAGGCUUCUGAGGUUGCGGGGCAUGGAAGAGGCGGGCUGCCCCCCGAAUGCAGCUCCACAGAGCCAGGAGAUGCUGGUGCCGGGGGGCCCCAGAGGGGCCCUCGCAGGCUGGCGCAUCUGCAAACAGGUUCGACCGAAAGUCACAAGGAGCCCGAGAAACAUGCAGAGGCAGAGGGGGGCCGGACAGAGAAGGCUGCUGAACGGACUUGCAGGAAGAAGCCUAUUUCCAAAGUGGUGGCCAAAGUCCAGGAUCUGUCUGCUCAGGUGCAACGAGUAGUUAAAACGCAUCCUGAGGAUGAGGAAAGGGUUGCCGUUUGCCCAGCAGCCCAAGCUGAGUUCAUACCCAGCGCAGACUUGCUCACCCUCCCGGAAGCUGAGGCUGGGGCUUGGGGUGUCAGCUGCUGGGGCAAGGAGCAGAGAACGGACAGGUCAUGGCAGCCAUCCGCUGAGGAGUGUCCCCUAGCCAGCAUUGAGGGGGCUGUGAACAAGGUCCUCCUGAAGGUGAUAGAGAGCGAGAAAUUAGAUGAAGCCACCGAGGGGAAACGGCUGGGAUUUCCCUUCGGGACGACAGCCACCCAUACCCUCCCAGAAACCGGCAGCAAGAGGGGAGCUGGGCUGCUUCUGAGUGGCCACAAAACCUUGUUUCUGGAUCUGCCCCGCGGUGCGGACCCUGGAGGUGAUGAGAAGAGGCCAGCACCCCCAGCACUGGCAGCUCUCGGCACGGUAUUUAAUAAUUCAUCCUUUCCGUCCAGCACGCACAAAUGGAUGUCACCUGUUCCCUUGCCUGUCUCUCCAAGGCUCCCCAGCCCUCAGCAGCAUCACAGGAUCCUCCGGCCCCCUUCACUGCCUGCUGAGAGGGAAGCCGCUCUUGAUGACUCUCUUGGUAGAAAGAGCCGUGCUUUCUCUGGGUCACCCUCUGCUGACACCUUGGAGCCCCCACUCUCUGCAAAGGUCACGGAGACCAAAGGAGCCAACGCGACCUCCCUCAGAGCGGGCCAACCUCGGUUGGUGCCUGGGGAACCUUUGGAAAAGAGCUUGGGGCCUGGGAGGACCGCAGCUCAGCCCCAGCACCGGUCACCUCCAGGUUAGUCCCGGUUUCAAAUGCUUUACAUGUGUUCCUGGGCGACCCCAAACUGUCAGUCUGCUCGUGCUAUUCAGACACUGGCUAAUUAACGAUGAAUCGAAAUUCCUAGGCCUGUUAGUUAAUUCACCUUGUAACAGGACAGCCGGGAGUCGUAUACAAGAGUGUGGAGAUGGUGAGGAUGGUGUUGACUUAUGGGGUCAGAGCUGUAGUUGCUUCCAGAAGCAAUACUCUGUAAAUGUCUUUUUAAAUGUUUUGUUUUGGAAUGCUCUAAAGCUGCCUCCAUGGUUGCUUAAUACAGGACUCUCAAAGGAAACAGGACUGGGCAGAGAGAAGUAGUAACUUGUCGCUGCCUUUGAUGCUAAUUGGCCCCUUGACCUAAAUUCUGCUGUUCAUGCUGCUGGGGUGCCUCGGAUUUGUAAGCAGAAGAGCAGAAGCAUGCUGUGUCUUUGCUCAUCUGUCUGUUGUUAGAGGUUUGGGGUUUUUUUUCUUUUUUUUUUAAGUAAUCACUUUUAUAAGCACCCUUAUUUUAUGACAAAAACUUUUUUUUUUUAAUACUAGAAGAGGGAUGAAUUCCUUCUCACUUGAAGAAACGUGAUUCAGAUUUUCUUUUUUCUAACAGUAUUUUAUUUCCCAAACAAACACGGAGUAAUGUUUAUUCUGAAGUUAUGUUUUAUGUAUGGGUUUCUACUGUUACUGGUAUAACAUCAUGUCUUAUGCAAAAGGUACUAAAGAGCCAGUUUGGCUCGUGUGUUUCAUGUGAUUUAAAAUUUUAUAUGAAAAUAAUUUUGGUGGUUCUAUAAGUAGGAUCAAUAAGACUAAAAAAGACAGUGUAUAAAAGACAGUGUAUAAAAGUGCCACUCCUGUAUUCACUACAUUUUCCAGGCCAGUGCGGCCAGAUGUUUAGGGUCGUGUAUGCCAUUGUAUAGAUAAUAGGUUC